CAAACGACAGAAAAGUGUUUCACCGGAACGGAGUCACGAAUUUUCACGUUAAUCGAACCGCAGAGCGGGCAUUAAUUUUAUCAUAAAUUCGUGCAAUAAACUCAGAGAAUUGUUUUGAUUGUCGAAAGAAAUUUGUGACAUUCGUUUUAUUUCAGAAAGAAAAAUUUCACCGUGAUAAAAAAAACAAUGAAAGUGUGAACAGUGGUGUUUCCGGCUUAGUGCCAUCGAACUUUCCUCCCUUGAAUUGCUGGAAUUUUUACUUGUGUGGACAUCCUUUUUCGGACCUUACCGAUCAAGGAGACGGAAAAAGGAAAGCAACAAGACACGUGCAAACCAGGUCGCAACCAUGAAAUUCACAGUCCCCCUGCAACCGUACAAAAAAUGUAUGAUAUUAGUUCUUCUGGGCAUUGCAUGCUUCAUCACGGCGUACGUACUACACGUACUAAAUCCAGUGAAACUGAUAAUAGAACACAAAAUGCAAAUGGCACCGAACUCGUUGCUCUUCGAACUGUGGAAGAAGCCUCCCAUUAACGUUUACCUCAAAGUGUACAUAUUCAACAUUACCAACGCAGAUGAGUUCCUCGAAGGCGGGGAAAAGUUGAAAGUAGAAGAGGUCGGCCCCUACGUUUAUCAAGAAUUUUUAGAAAAUCAAAACGUCACUUGGUACGACAACGACACGAUCUCGUAUAUCCCAAAACGAACGAUAGUGUUCGUACCAGAAAUGUCGAGGGGUGAUCCGAAAGUGGAUCUACUUAACGUUCCAAAUAUACCGAUGCUGGGAAUUUCGUCGACGUUGCACGAUGCUGGAUUUUUCAUGAAUUUCGCAUGGACCAGGCUGGUGAAUAUGCUGGACAGCAAGCCAAUAUUGAACAUAAGCGUUUACGAAUAUUUGUGGGGCUACGAGGACAAUUUGGUGCAUCUUGCGAGCGGAAUCGUGCCAAGUUUCAUCAACUUCCGCAAAUUCGGUUUGCUCGACAGGAUGUACGACGAAGGAGAAAAUAUCGUUCACCUAAACGUCGGGAAAAAUAAAAAUAUGACGGACGAGGAAGGACGUUAUUUAAGUAUCGAAUCGUACAACGGCAGUCCAGGAAUGUCGCAAUGGGGAUAUCGUGAGGUAGAAGGAAAUGAGACUUAUCCAGAGAAUACCAUCUGUAAUAGAGUAAAAGGUGCCACCGAGGGAGAAUUACUGCCGGCGAAUCUAGACAAACAUGCUGUAUUCAGAGUAUUUCGGAAAGCAUUCUGCAGAGCGAUACCAAUUGUUUAUAAAGAGGAAGUGAUCACGAACAACGGUCUGUUGGGUUAUCUUUAUAGAAUGCCCGACGAUUUUUUAUAUACACCCGAUGAGAAUCCCGAUAAUGCGUGCUUCUGCAAGAAGAAGAAGAAGUGCUUAAAAAAGGGACUCUCUGACAUGACACCAUGUUAUUACCAAAUUCCAGCAGCGAUGUCUCUGCCACAUUUGCUCGAUUCCGAUCCCAGUUUAUUCGAAAAAAUCGAGGGUCUUAACCCGGAUCCUAAAAAGCACCUCUCGAGGAUCAUUCUGGAACCGACAUUCGGCAUACCAAUGAACGUUAAUUCGAGAAUACAGAUCAAUCUUGUUAUGCAUCAUACAACCCACAAUCCCAGGAUCACGAUUUUCAACGAUAUGACAUUACCAGUAUUCUGGACAGACCUGGUAAUCAAAGAUUUACCAAGUGACAUGAAACUACUCUUGAACCUGGCGCUUCACAUAGGUCCAAUAGCACAGAUGGUUGUAAUUGGGUUGUGCGCCAUCGGGGGAGUGACGAUGCUUGUAUUAGCAGUACUAUCCAUGUUGUGGACAGUGAAUCAGCAACAGGAGAUAGUCACGCUGGACAGGAGGGAAAGCUGCGAUUUAAGAAUACCAUUAAAUUAUGGCCAAUACACAACGAUACGUAUUUUACCGGCGAUCAAGAAAAUCACGUCGAAAACAGACUUGUUUGGUUAACUAAUUUUCACGGAAGUACUCACGAAGCUUAGCGUGAACAAAACAUUAGAAAAGAUGAAGGGGAAAGAAAUAAAAAUCUGUUUUUCUCGCUAAAGGAUAAUUAUUUGUCUCUUUUUUUUGUCGUGAGAAGAAAAGAUAUCGACGCAUCCGACUGACUUGGAAUACGGAGGAAGGUAUUCUACGUUACAGAACACAUUCAGGGUUUCGCGCUAAAAAUAUUCCCGUUAUAGAUCGAUAUUAUUCUAC